AUAAUCAACAAAACUCUCUAUAUUUAUAUUUUAUAUCCCACUACAUCAGCUGUGAUGAAUUUCAGCAAUUUAUUAUAUGAAUAUGUUUUAUGUUAUUAAAAACAUUGAACAAUAUGUUCUAUUUAUUUAGCAAAGCUAUUUAAAACAAGACUAUGAUUAACUCUUAGUUAAAUCCCAAAGCUUUCCAUAAAAUGAAGCAAUACUUUAAGGUUUUAAACAAAAAUGUCCCGCGUAAUAUCAAAUCAAUCCUUCAUUUAAAUGAAGUAUUAUAGAAUUGCUUUUAUUAAUAUGAGCAAUUAAAAAACAUAUGCAAUCUGCAAUGAUGUUUUAUUAUUCUAAUCCUAUUUAUUGCGCAUUCUAACCUCUCUUUUUUAUAUGCCUGGAAGAAAAACGAGCUUACUUGAUGCUGCGAGAUAAUUAGUAAUCUAAAGUAAGGAUCUUUGUGUAAGCAUGGGUGCUUAGUUUAUUUUGUCAUCAUGUCCCAAAAAUAUAAAAGUUUUUCUAAAGGACGAACACUUGAUUUGGGAUCAACAUUGCCUCUUGGUGUCAAAAGAGUCGGAUAUCUUAAAAAACUGAAAAAAAUGAAGAAAAGAUUUUUUGUUCUGCACAUGGAUGCUCGUUUGGAGUACUACAGCUCGGAGAAGAAAUGGAAAUUCGGCUGUGAACCCAGGCGCUGUAUUGACCUCAAAAUGUGUCUCAACGUCAGUCGGAAACUUCACUCGAAACAGAAAAAUAUCAUCGCUUUCUACACUCAAUGUGAUUGUUUUGCAGUUGUGGCAGACUCUACGCAAGAACUUGAAGAUUGGCUCAAAGAUAUUGUAGAAGUUCAUAAAAGCUGUGUAGAGGGAGAUGAUAAUUCCAGGCUUGUUUAUGAGCAUUUAUGGCAAGUUAUUAUAGAUAAGCAUGAUUUAGAAUAUGAUAAAUUGUUGGCUGGCCCAUACAGAGUAGCUUUAACUCCAAAAUCUUUGUUUUUAAUCAAAAUGAAUCCUCUUGGUGAAAACGAUUACCUCGAGUUUCCGUUAAUGAGUAUCAGGAGAUGUGGACAUUCUAAAGACCAUUUUUUCAUUGAGUUGGGACGUUCUGCCGUGACAGGAGCCGGGGAAAUUUACAUGGCUACUGAAGCUACCAUAGUGGCUCAGAAUAUGCAUGAAACUGUUUUGAGUGCAAUGAAGUCUUCCAAGAUAAGAGAGGAUCCUCGACCACGCAGUGCCUCAUCGAGUGAGAAUUCAAACCCUCAUCCAAUCGGAGUCCCUCAAGCUUUUUCUAAUAGUCGUGAACGCUGUGAUAGUUUACCAACACGACCCCAAACCAUUAUGGGAGACAAUUUCAGUUCUUCUCCAUACACAUCCGUUGGGUGUCUUUCGAAAGAUGUAAAUUCUCGUCCGCAUUCCAUGUAUGAAUGGCCUUCUGUUAAUUCUCAGAAUUCUAUAUUUAGUCCAGGAUCUUUGUCUGGAGGUAAUAGCAGCACAGAAAAUGUUAACAGACAGCAAGCAUUAAAUUAUAAUCCAUAUUCGUUACUAUCUUGUUCCAAUUCAUCGCCUGGCCGACAAACAACAGAAACUAAAAAUGAUUACCUGAAGAUGUCUCCAAGCUCUGAAAAAUCAAAUCCGUUUGAUUACAUAUCAAUGAAGAAAUCUAGUAACUCAUCACUUACACCUUCUGAUUACGUUGAUAUGAAGGCUUCUCAUAAAUCAGGAGGAUCCUUAAAGAAGAAUACUUACAUGACCAUGGCUCAUGGUGGAGCUUCAGAUGAAGAACCUGUCAUCAUGCAAGCAGGCUACAUGGAUAUGUCGCCCUCCAAUUCCCUUCCUAACAGUUCAGAAUUUAAUGAAAGAUUGAUGAAUUUUCAUCAUAACACUAAGAAUGAUAAAGAACUUUUGAAAUCUUAUGAGUUGGAAAAGGUUCUUUCAUUGCUUCAAGUUGAAGAUACCUCUAAGAAUAUAAGCGAUUCUUUUAAGAACAAACCACCUCUCCUAAUAAAUAAUAUCAGCAGUAUUUCUGUACCUCUUUCACCUCAUCAAAAUUCCUGCAACAGUGAAGCAACUUUUGACAUGAAACCUCCCAUUCCAGAUAGGACGUACUGUAAAAAUGAACAUAUGGAAGACAGUCUUCAGUUUUCCAAAAAGGAAUUAAAUCCCAUCAUUCAAAAAAAGAAAGUUAAAUUAGGAGAUGUGUUUCAUCAGGAUUCUGUUUUGCAUGCACCCAAUAAUUUGUGCUCAGAAAAAAGCAAAGCCAAUACGUAUGGGAGAAGGGAUGAAGUCGAGAAAGUCGAACUGUCCGAUGUCAAUAAAAAUCCUUGUUCAGAAAAUAUUUGUGAUAAUCUUCGACAGAACUGCAAAAGUGGGAAUUUUAAAGAAACUCUUUCGGUCGAACCUGUCACCCAUUCUGGAGAUUACGUAAACAUAAAUUUAGAAAAGAAUGGUAAGCUUACUUUAUCAGAAAAUGUGAAACAUAAAAGCAACCCACUAACUUUUUAUCCAUGUGAUCCUAACUACAGCAAUAUACAAUUCGGAAAACAAUUUUGCCCACUACCUAACCCAAAUAUUGCCACGAGUGAUAAUUCUUUCAGCACUUCUUCCAUUAAAUCUUCACAGUCAUCUAAAUACGAGGACCUGAGAGCACAAAAUGUACUUAAGCCACCUUUAGCUCCACUUUAUUCUGGCCCGGAGACUGCAAAAAGUAUGGCACCCAUGCUCCGAAACAUUCCAAACACACUUCCGGCAUUUCGGAAACAAAUGUCCGCACCUGCGGGUCCUCUGUCCCUGCAGGCAGAACUACCAUCACCUGGUAGAAAAAGUUCCUGUCCGGUGACAGCAUCUACGAGCAUGUCUCCAGCCUAUGUCACACGCCCAAUGCAUUUACAGUCUGCCCACUUGCGAGUGUCGGCGUCCAAAUCACCUGACCACAGUAGUGUGUCCAGUGUUUCGUCUGCUAGUGAUGAAAUAAGCUCGGCUCACAGCAGUCCUAAAAUACUGAGCACGCCUCAGAAUUUCGGUGCCAUCGAAGAGGUGACGGAUAGCCAACAGUACGAAAACGUUGUGAUUCCGCAAAGGCCACCUUCUGCGUGCAGUGAAAAAGAGCUGAAUUACGCAUCCUUAGAUUUGGCUCCUCCCUCUAAAAAAGAAACGAUCGUUCAUAAACCCGACAGAGAAGAGUUGACGUAUGCAGUAAUAGACUUUACCAAAUCCGAAGGCUUGAAGAACACUUCGGGAAGCUUGCGCGAAGGAGGUCGUCUAUAGUUCUAGUCAUUGUAGUUCGACAAAUUUUAUAUCUGUUAUGUUUGCUUUUAUUUAGUUGUUACAGUCGGAGAAUUAUAAAAUUUCUUUAAUAUAUUCA